GAAGGUCGCUCAAAAAUGAAAAACAAACAAAAACAAGAGAGAGAGAGAGAACAAAACCCCAUUGUCAAGCUCAAGCUUGUUUUUUCGUCGUAUUUCUUCUUGUCUCUCUUCUCUCUCAGGAGCAGGAGCAGUAGCAGUAGCAGCUCAUCUUCCCAUCCCAUCCCAUACCACCGCCAAACCUUUUUAAUUCUCUCUCCAUGGAUCUGCGAUUUCCAGUCCUCCAUUUUCCAAUUCCGCCUUCUUUUUGCCCUUGAUCGCAUCGAUUCUUAUUUCCUUGUGAGUUGGUUGAGCGGUGGGAGGGUUUUGCUUGCUUUACUUUUUCCGGUGAGGAAGAUGAAGGUGCCGUGCUGUUCGGUGUGCCAGAACAAGUUCAACGAGGAUGAGCGGUGCCCGCUGCUCCUCCAAUGCGGCCACUGCUUCUGCCGCGAGUGCUUGUCCCGUAUGUUCCUGGCCUCCCAGGGCUCCUCCCUCUCUUGCCCUCGCUGCCGCCAUGUCUCCACCGUCGGUAAUUCCGUUUCCGCCCUGAAGAAGAAUUAUUCGGUGCUGUCUUUGAUUCAGGGGGACGAGGAGGACGACGACGAGGAGGACGACGAGGAUGAGGGGAAUGAACCAGGGAUGGAGGAUGGAGGCUUUGCAGGUAUCGAUGGAAUUUGUUGUGGGAAUAAUAACACCAAUCAUAGUAAUCAUAAUAGUAAUCACAAUAGCGGUAGCAGUAGCGGCGGCGGCGGCGGCGGCGGUAGUUGUGUUUACAGCAAUGGGAGUCGGAGAGUGGACGAGGCUUUUAGAGGGCGGAGGAUUGAUUUGGUGGCGCACAAGGAGGUGAAGCUGGUGAGGAGGAUCGGGGAAGGGAGUAGCCGCCGCGCCGGUGUGGAGAUGUGGGCGGCGGUGCUGUCGGGAAAAGGGUGUAAACAUAAGAUGGCGGUGAAGAAAGUGGUGAUCGGAGACGGGACAGAUGUGGUGUGGAUGCAGGGGCAGCUGGAAGAGUUGAGGAGGAAAUCUAUGUGGUGUCGAAAUGUGUGUACUUUCCAUGGGGCGAGGAAGAUGGAUAAUAGCCUGUAUUUAGUGAUGGAUAGGUGCCACGGUUCGGUGCAGACUGCGAUGCAGCGGAACGAGGGGCGCCUCACUCUCGAGCAGAUCCUCAGAUAUGGAGCAGAUAUAGCCCGUGGAGUUGCUGAACUUCAUGCAGCUGGUGUUGUGUGUAUGAAUAUUAAGCCUUCCAAUCUUCUCUUGGAUGAAAAUGGUCAUGCCCUGGUUUCGGAUUAUGGCCUUCCAGCAAUUUUGAAGAAGCCUGAUUGCAGGAAAGCUGGAAAAGAGUGCGAAUCCCCAAAGAUUCAUUCAUGUAUGGAUUGCACAAUGCUGAGCCCAAACUAUACUGCUCCAGAAGCUUGGGAACCAGUUAAAAAAUCAAUACAUCUUUUCUGGGAUGAUGCUAUUGGUAUUUCUCCAGAGUCUGAUGCAUGGAGCUUUGGUUGUACCUUGGUAGAAAUGUGCACAGGAUCUAUCCCGUGGGCUGGCUUAAGUGCUGAAGAAAUCUAUCAGUCUGUUGUCAAAUCAAAACGGCAGCCUUCUCAAUAUGCAAGUGUUGUUGGUGUUGGAAUACCUAUGGAAUUGUGGAAGAUGAUCGGCAAUUGCCUGCAGUUCAAGGCAUCCAAAAGACCAACUUUCCAAUCAAUGUUAGCAAUAUUUCUUAGACACUUGCAAGAGAUUCCUCGAAGCCCACCUACAAGCCCAGACAAGGGUGAUGUGCCUGCCAGCCCUGUAAUGAAUGGGAUGUCAUCAAUCCCAUCUACUGAUCUGGAAGUCCCAGUGACAAAUCCCCACCUUCUACACCGACUUGUAUCUGAAGGCAAUUUAGAUGGAGUUAGAGAAUUACUUUCAAAGACCGCUUCAAUACACGGUCACAGUUUAUUGCGCUCUCUGUUAGAAGCACAGAAUGCUGAUGGGCAAACUGCUCUCCACCUCGCCUGUAGGCGUGGAAGUGUUGAACUUGUUGAAGCUAUUUUGCAGUGCAAAGAGGCGAAUGUUGAUGUCCUUGACAAAGAUGGUGAUCCCCCUCUGGUAUUUGCUUUGGCAGCUGGGUCACCUGAAUGUGUCCGGGCACUCAUAAAAUGCAAUGCUAAUGUCAGGUCAAGGUUAAGGGAAGGCCUUGGUCCGUCAGUUGCUCAUGUCUGUGCUUACCAUGGCCAACCUGAUUGCAUGAGGGAGUUGUUGUUGGCGGGCGCUGAUCCAAAUGUUGUUGAUGAUGAAGGAGAAUCUGUGCUUCACAGAGCUGUUACAAAGAAAUACACUGAUUGUGCUAUUGUCAUAUUGGAAAAUGGUGGCUGUGUAUCUAUGAGUAUCCUGAACUCAAAAGACCUGACACCACUGCACUUAUGUGUGAUGACAUGUAAUGUAGCUGUUGUCAAAAGAUGGCUAGAGCUUGCAACAGAAGAAGUUAUUGAUGAAGCUAUUGAUAUCCAGAGCCCUCAAGGAACAGCAUUGUGCAUGGCAGCUUCUUUGACAAAAGAUCAUGAAUCUGAGGGUAGAGAAUUGGUAAAGAUAUUGCUAGCUGCUGGAGCAGAUCCAAUGGCUCAAGACCCCUGUCGUUCCCAUACUGCUUUGCACAUUGCUGCUAUGGCUAAUGAUGUUGAAUUAGUGAGGGUUAUACUCGAAGCUGGUGUUGAUGUAAACAUCACAAAUUGUCAGAAUACUAUACCUCUCCAUAUGGCAUUGGCUAGAGGUGCGAAAUCUUGUGUUGGAUUGCUUUUAUCAGCUGGGGCAAAUUGCAACAUGCAGGAUAGUGAUGGGGACAAUGCUUUUCAUAUAGCAGCUGAUGGGGCAAAGAUGAUCCGUGAAAAUUUGGAUUGGAUUCUUGUUAUGCUCAGAUAUCCCAAUGCUGCAGUUAAUGUUAGGAAUCACAGUGGCAAGACAUUCCUUGAUUCGUUGGAAGCUCUUCCACGGGAAUGGAUUUCUGAAGAUUUAAUGGAAGCCCUGGUGCAGAAGGGAGUCCAUUUGUCUCCUACAGUAUAUCAAGUUGGCGACUGGGUGAAAUAUAGAAAAUGUGUUACAGAACCAACCUAUGGGUGGCAAGGUGCAUCACAUAAGAGUGUUGGUUUUGUGCAAAAGGUCCUGGAAGACGACAAUCUCAUUGUAUCAUUUUGUUCUGGAGAAUCUCAAUCUCAAGUACGCAUGAAUGAAGUUGUGAAAGUGAUACCACUUGACCGAGGGCAACAUGUUCAACUUAAGUCUGACGUCACAGAGCCAAGAUUUGGGUGGCGUGAUCAUCUGCGCGACAGCAUUGGAACAGUUUUGUGUGUUGAUGAUGACGGAAUCUUGCGGGUUGGUUUCCCUGGAGCAUCUAGAGGAUGGAAAGCAGAUCCUGCAGAAAUGGAAAGAGUUGAGGAAUUCAAGGUUGGAGACUGGGUCCGUGUACGCCCCACACUGACUACAGCUAAACAUGGACUUGGAUCUGUGACUCCAGGGAGCGUCGGUGUAGUAUGGAGUAUCAGACCUGAUAAAAGUCUACUAUUGGAGUUAUGCUACCUACCUGCUCCAUGGCUUUGUGAACCCGAAGAGGCAGAACUUGUGGAACCUUUCAAGAUUGGUGACCGGGUCUGCGUAAAACGUUCUGUUGCGGAGCCCAGAUAUGCAUGGGGUGGCGAAACACAUCAUAGUGUUGGAAAAAUUAGUGAGAUAGAAAACGACGGUCUUUUGGUAAUUCAAAUUCCCAAUCGGCCUAUCCCAUGGCAGGCAGAUCCAUCUGACAUGGAAAAGCUCGACAAUUUCAAGGUAGGUGAUUGGGUUAGAGUAAAAUCUUCUGUUCCAUCACCGAAAUACGGGUGGGAGGACGUCACAAGAAACAGCAUAGGCAUAAUCCACAGUUUGGAGGAGGAUGGGGACGUGGGAAUCGCAUUUUGCUUCCGGAGCAAACUAUUUUCCUGUUCCGUAACAGAUGUUGAGAAGGCCCCUGCAUUCGAAUUAGGACAAGAGAUUCGGAUGAUGCCGAGUGUCACUCAGCCUCGUCUCGGGUGGUCUAAUGAGACGCCAGCAUCUAUUGGAAAGAUUGUGAGGGUUGACAUGGAUGGUGCUUUAAACGUCAAAGUUUCCGGAAGGCAUAGUCUAUGGAAGGUAUCUCCGGGUGACGCAGAAAAACUUCCCGGUUUCAAAGUAGGCGAUUGGGUCCGUUCAAAACCGAGCCUCGGCGCUCGACCGAGUUACGAUUGGGGCAGCAUCGGAAAGGAAGGUCUAGCCAUCGUACAUAGCGUACAGGAAACCGGUUAUCUAGAACUUGCUUGCUGCUUCUGGAGGGGAAAAUCGAGCACUCACUACACCGAAGUUGAAAAAGUGCCCGGAUUUAAAGUCGGGCAGCAUGUAAAAUUUAGAGCAGGACUUGUCGAGCCGAGAUGGGGCUGGCGAGGCGCACAACCAAUCUCCCGAGGCGUUAUUAUUAGCGUCAGCGCUACGGGUGAGGUACGGGUCGCAUUUAGCGGUCUCCAAGGGCUAUGGCGAGGCGAUCCUGCUGACCUAGAAAUCGAGCAGACGUAUGACGUCGGAGAAUGGGUGAAAUUGAGAGACGGCGCGAGUACUUGGAAGUCGGUUUUGCCCGGCAGCGUCGGCGUCGUACAAGGUCUCGUCUACGAAGAGAACGAGUGGAACGGGAACAUUUCUGUCGGAUUUUGCGGCGAGCAAGAACUGUGGGUUGGGAGCGCAGCUGAUCUCGAGAAAGUCGAGCGCCUUGUGGUCGGGCAGCGAGUUAAAGUUCGAACGACGAUCAAGCAGCCGAGGUUCGGGUGGUCGGGGCACAGCCAUGCGAGCGUGGGGAUCGUAUCAGCGAUCGAUGCGGACGGGAAGCUGAGAAUAUACACGCCGGCCGGGUCGAAAGUGUGGCUGCUGGACCCGACGGAAGUGGUCGUCGUUGCCGAGAGGGAGGUCCGCAUAAAUGAUUGGGUCAGAGUGAAGGGGAGCGUGUCGAACCCGACGCACCACUGGGGGGACGCGUCUCAUGCGAGCGUCGGAGUCGUGCACCGGAUGGAGGACGAGGAUCUGUGGGUGGCGUUCUGCUUCACGGACCGGCUGUGGCUGUGCAAAGUGUGGGAGAUGGAGAGGGUGCGCGCGUUUAGGGUCGGGGACAGGGUGAAGAUCAAGGGGGGGCUGGUGAGCCCGCGGUGGGGGUGGGGUAUGGAGACGCAUGCCAGUAGGGGGGAGGUGGUUGGGGUCGAUGCGAAUGGGAAGUUGCGGAUCAAGUUCAAGUGGCGCGAGGAGAGGACAUGGAUUGGAGACCCGGCGGAUAUCGAGCUAGACGGGUAACAGGUAUCUGUAUGUAUAUGCCUGCCUGCCGUACUGCCCUGAAUCGAUGGAGGAUAUAUAUAUAUAUAUAUAUAGAGAGAGAGAGAGAGAGAGAGAGAGAGAGAGAGAGAGAGAGAGAGAGAGAGAGAGAGAGAGAGAGAGAUGAGGUUGGUGGUGGUGGUGAUUGAUUCAUUGAUUGAUUUCUUAGUAUAAUCUACCGCCAUGUGAUGAGGGGGAAGGAAGACUGGGGGGGAUCUAUUUAUUAUCUUGUAGAGUAUAUAUGUAUGAUAUGGAAAUAAAUAAAUAUAUAUAUAUAUAUGCAGUAUAAUAAUAAAUAUUAUUAUUUACUAUUAAUUGGUAGGUUUAUUGUAGAUGAUGAUGAUGAUGAUGAUGGUGAUGUUUUGUUUA